AUCAAACAAAUGUCAAUUCUGACGUUAGCUGUCAAUGGAAGGAACGGAUGGAUUGCAAAGGAAGUAAUUUGGUGUGUGUAAAUGAAAGUAAAUAUUGAGAAAUAAAAGGCGAUAAAGCAAAGUGAAAAUGCACAAACUGCUCGAAUUCCAAGCUGUGGUGCUUGCAGCUGGCAGAGGAUCGCGAAUGCCAGAUGUAGGUGGAGAAGUAUCGAAAUGCCUCUUACCUGUGGGACCAUAUCCAGUCUUGUGGUAUUCCCUGAAUAUGCUUGAGAGGAUUGGCUUUCAGGAAACAAUGGUGGUAGUGCUUGAUGAAGAUAAAUCAAAUAUUUUGAAUGCAUUAGAAAGAUGCCCUCUUAAAAUCAAAUAUGAUCUAAUAGUCAUUCCAUCGGAAGAAGACUGGGGCACAGCCAAUUCCCUCAAACACAUCAGCAGCCGAGUCACUACUGAUCUUCUGGUAGUCUCUGGAGAUCUGAUAUCAAGUAUCAACCUUAAUGAAGUACUGAAUUUGUACAGAAAACAUGAUGCAGCACUCACUACUUUGUUCUUCAAUAACGGCCCCGAAGAAUGGAUAGAGUUGCCCGGACUCAAGUCAAAAACAAAACCUGACAAGGACCUGGUUUGCAUAGAUAAAGAAACUCAAAGACUUGUCUUCCUAGCUAGUGCCAGUGACUUCGAAGAAAAUGUUACAGUACCAAGACUGCUUGUAAAGAAGUUUGACUCAAUUAGUAUGUACAGUAGACUCUUAGAUGCCCAUGUUUAUGUCAUGAAAAAGUGGGUGCUCAAUUACCUUGUAGAAACAGAUAAAUUUACAUCUGUCAAAGGAGAACUCGUGCCCCAUAUAAUAAAGAAGCAGCUCUCAAAACCUAAAAACCCAGCAGAGAAGAAGGGCACUUCAGAGAAAAAUGUAGAUAUCACUAAAGAAAUCUUUGAUUUUGCCACAGAAAGUGGGUACGAAUCUAAGAUCAGGGAAAUGUCUUCGUACAAUGAUCAUAAGCUUGGAACUAAAGGAGUUUAUUAUAAUGAUUUAAUCAGAUGCUAUGCUCACAUACCUGAUAAAAAUACUUUUGGCAUGAGAGUGAACACUCUUUCUUCAUUCUAUUUGUGUAAUAGCAAGAUAUGGUCAAAAUGGGAAGAAAUAACUGGGGCACCCCUUGUCGAUAGAUUCCAUCCGAAUAGUGAAGUGAAAACUAAACAAAUAGAUGAAACAAGUACUGUAGGAGAGAAGAGUGUUGUCAGUGAGAAAACCUCCAUCAAGAAUACAUUUAUUGGUGCCAAUUGCACCAUCGAAAACAAAGUCAGGCUGACUAACUGCAUACUAAUGAAUAAUGUUACGAUUAAAGAUGGCUGCGUCCUCCAAGAUAGCGUGAUAUACACCGGCGCGACCGUAGACACCGGUUGCUCCCUACAGCACUGCCUCGUCGGUCCCCACCACAUAGUCGCCGCCUCCACCACUAGCAACCAUCAGCUCCACGCGGAGACCACGGACAAUAUGAUAACACUCGGAUAGUCAGACAUGUGGAAAUUGAACCCACGAACGCUGGCUUGCGGUGACUGCUCUGACCACCCAACUACAGCGAUCAGAUAACCUGUCGAAUGGUCC